GAUUAUUAUUGGUUUAAAAAAUGAUAUCAGAGUGGAUCAUUAGGUUGAUGGAUGAGUUAGGUCUAAACGGAGAGCUUCUGCUGGGACUUUUGCUUCAGACCAGUCCCGUUCUCCUCCUGCGUGUGGGAAUGCGUCUGAGCGCGGACAGCAGGGAGUGUUUCUGGGGAAGAUAAGAGGGCAGUGAAAGUUUGGAGAGCCCUGCGCUCUCGUUUCUGGUGACAUCGACGCAGAGGGAGGGAGGUUUGUGAGGGAAACCUAAAUACAAACCUGCCCGCCUCAGUCUUCUCAAAGCCUCGCGGCGCGCCGGGCUGUUACGCGUCUCCUCUCCCCCAAAACUUUUCCUUUUAUUCCAACUGAAACUGCGCGUCACUUCUUCCUUUUUUUGUCUUGGACCUGCGGGAUGCUCUCUGGAAGGAGGUCACAACCCAGCAACUUGGUUGCAAUCUGGAAAGUUUCGGAGUCAAGCUAAACUUGUCGGGAAGUUGGUGAAUGGGGAGCACUUGGAGGAACUUUUACGCAUCGAUCUGGGUGACGCCUCUACCUGUUUAAAGCGCGUCCUGGGUGUCUCAUCACAACCACAACUUUCUCCUUUUACUUCAAUGGCAUUUUCCCCCCAAGGAGCCUAAUUGAUCGACAGAAGCUGUGAUUUUUAAAACUGUAUCAAUCGUUUGAGUCAACCCCCCCUUUCCGAAGCGCAUUUCAUCAAACGUGUCCGGGAACUAACUCUGCUGGAUAUCAUGGCUUCAGUGGGAGCGGGGAAGCGCGCAGCGCCGCGCCGGGUUUGGGCUCUGCUCCUCGCUCUGCUCGUGUGCGCAACGCCGGUGGAUGGAUGCCCACACAAGUGCAGCUGCUCCGGGUCGCAUGUGGACUGCCAGGGUCUGGGUCUAAAGACUGUCCCCAAAGGAGUACCGAGGAACGCAGAGCGCCUGGACCUGAACAGGAACAACAUCACUAGAAUCACCAAAGUGGACUUUGCUGGGUUCAAAAACCUCAGGAUUCUUCAUCUGGAGGACAACCAAAUCAGUGUAAUUGAAAGAGGAGCCUUCCAAGACCUCCGACUGCUGGAAAGACUUCGUCUGAACCGAAACAAGCUCCAGUUUCUCCCAGAGCUUCUCUUCCAGUCCAACCCCAAACUAGGACGAGUGGACCUCAGUGAGAACCAGAUCCAAGCAGUUCCCAGGAAAGCUUUCAGAGGAAUCACUGGUGUGAAGAACCUGCAACUGGACAGCAACCACAUCAGCUGCAUCGAAGAUGGAGCUUUCCGAGCGCUACGCGAUCUGGAGAUUCUCACUCUCAACAACAACAACAUCACCCUCAUUCCACUGUCCAGCUUCAACCACAUGCCCAAACUGCGGACCCUCCGCCUCCACUCCAACAACCUGCACUGUGACUGUCACCUGGCCUGGCUCUCCGAUUGGCUCAGAGCCCGACGAGGCUUGGCUCCCUUCACCCAGUGCAUGUCCCCUGCCCACAUGAGGGGCCUGAAUGUCCCAGAUGUGCAGAAGAAGGAUUUUGUCUGCAGUGGUCCGGCACAGACAGAACCACGCACCUGUGCUGCCCAGGUAUCCGUGUGUCCACCCACCUGCAGCUGCAACAACAACAUAGUGGACUGUCGUCGAAAAGGCCUCACUGAGAUCCCAGCCAACCUCCCAGAAGGCAUCGUGGAGAUACGCUUGGAGCAGAACCUGAUAAAAAGCAUCCCCGCAGGAGCGUUUUCCCCCUACAAGAAGCUUAAGAGAAUCGACUUGAGCAAGAACCAGAUCUCUGACAUCGCUGCAGAUGCUUUCAGUGGACUCCGCUCACUCACCUCACUGGUUCUGUAUGGAAAUAAGAUUGCUGAGCUGCCCAAGGGAUUGUUUGAUGGACUGGUAUCCCUGCAGCUUCUAUUGCUGAAUGCCAACAAAAUAAACUGCUUGAGGGUGAACACCUUCCAGGACCUGCAAAACCUCAGCCUGCUGUCGUUGUACGACAACAAGCUGCAAACCAUCAGCAAAGGCCUCUUCACCCCCCUGCGCUCCAUCAAAACUCUUCAUCUGGCCCAGAAUCCCUUUAUGUGUGACUGCCACCUGAAGUGGCUGGCAGACUACCUAUUUGACAACCCAAUUGAGACCAGCGGAGCGCGCUGCAGCCACCCCAGGAGGCUGGCUAACAAGAGAAUCAGCCAGGUCAAAGGAAAGAAGUUCAGGUGCACAGGUCAAGAGGACUACCGCAGCCGUCUGAGCGGCGAGUGCUUUCAGGAUCUGGUUUGUCCGGAGAAAUGCCGCUGCGAGGGUACAGUGGUCGACUGCUCCAACCUCAAACUGACCCGAAUACCGCCACACAUCCCCGAGUACACCACAGACCUGCGGUUAAAUGAUAACGAUAUUACCUCCUUGGAGGCGACGGGAACUUUCAAGAAACUGCCCAACUUGAGGAAAAUAAACCUGAGCAACAACAAGCUGAGGGAGAUCCGUGAAGGGGUUUUUGAUGGAGCCGGGGGAGUUUUGGAGCUUUUGCUGACAGGAAAUAAGCUGACGGCGGUGCAUGGACGCAUGUUCAAAGGCCUCAGCGGUCUGAAGACACUAAUGCUCCGCAGCAACCAGAUUAGCUGCAUUGACAACAGCACCUUCACUGGUCUGAGUUCGGUGCGUCUGCUUUCACUGUAUGACAACCGGAUUGCCAGCAUUGCCCCGGGAGCCUUCUCUACUUUGCACUCCUUAUCCACUAUUAACCUCCUGUCCAACCCCUAUGUGUGUGAUUGUCACUUGGCCUGGCUGGGUCAGUGGCUGAAGAAGACCAGAGUGGUGAGUGGAAAUCCUCGCUGCCAGAAACCCGCCUUCCUCAAGGAGAUCCCCAUCCAGGAUGUAGCCACGCCGGAUUUCACGUGUGACGGUUCUGAGGAUAACAGCUGCCUUCCUUCAUCCGGUUGUCCUGAUGUCUGCACGUGCUCAGACGGCGUGGUGCGAUGCAGCAACAGAGGACUGCGCUCGCUGCCCAAAGGCAUUCCCAAGGACACCACUGAGCUAUACCUGGAGGGUAAUAUGCUGACAUCUGUGCCCAAGGAGCUGGCAGCUCUGAAGCAGCUGUCACUGGUAGACCUGAGCAACAACAGCAUCAGCACACUGGCUCCAUACACCUUCAGCAACAUGACUCAGCUGGCCACACUAAUCCUGAGCUAUAACCAGAUCCACUGCUUCCCGGUCCACGCCUUCGAUGGCCUCAAGUCUCUUCGCUUGUUGACUCUCCAUGGUAACGACUUAUCAACCAUUCCUGAAGGAGCAUUUAACCACCUCACUUCUCUUUCCCAUCUAGCUCUUGGAGCCAAUCCUUUGUACUGUAACUGUGACUUACGCUGGCUCUCUCAGUGGGUCAAAGCCGGUUUUAAAGAGCCCGGCAUUGCUCGUUGCACUGGACCCGCUGACAUGGCUGACAGACUCCUGCUCACAACACCACUCAACCGAUUCCAAUGUAAAGGCCCCGUGGAUAUCAACCUCGUGACAAAGUGCGCCCCCUGCUUGGCAGCGCCCUGCCAGAACAACGGCACCUGUGUAUCAGAUGCUGCUGGAUCCUACCGCUGCAACUGUCCAUACGGAUUUAAGGGUCAAGACUGUGAAAUACCCAUCAAUGCUUGUGUGAGCUUCCCUUGCUUAAAUGGAGGAACCUGCCACAUUCAGCCCGGACACAAAGACGACUUCAGCUGUGUGUGUCCAGCCGGGUUUGAGGGUCAACGCUGUGAGAUGAACCCAGAUGACUGUGAAGACAACGACUGCGAGAACAAUUCCACCUGCGUUGAUGGGGUCAACAACUACACCUGCGUCUGUCCCCCAAACUACACAGGUGACUUGUGCGAUGAGGUUGUUGAUCCCUGUCUCAGUGGGUUUCACUCUUGUCAACACGACUCCAAGUGCAUCCCUGUUGGUCGCAGUUAUAGAUGCGAGUGUUUGCCAGGCUAUGUGGGCCAGCACUGCGAGCAGGACUUUAAUGACUGUUUAGAGAAUAAAUGUCGACAUGGAGCGGAGUGUGUGGAUGCCGUCAACGGAUAUACCUGCAUCUGUAGGAAGGGUUUCAGCGGGCUGUUUUGUGAGAACCCUCCACCAAUGAUCUUGCUGCAAACCAGUCCCUGCGACCAAUCAGAGUGCCAGAAUAGCGCCCAGUGUCUGGUGGUUGCUGGGGAACCUAUUUGCCGCUGCAUUCCUGGCUAUUAUGGUGAUAAAUGCGACAAGGUGUCGACUGUUCACUUCCUGGGUCGUGAUGGCUACGUGGAGCUGCCAGGCACUAAGCUCCGCCCAACUGCUCACAUUUCCUUGCAGGUGGCUACAGAGAGAGACAACGGUAUUUUGUUGCAUAAACAGGACCAUGACCCCCUGGCUCUGGAGCUUUAUCAAGGACAUAUACGACUCAUUUAUGACUUCGCCAACUACCCACCAACUACUGUGUACAGUGUUGAGUCUGUGAAUGACGGACUUUUCCAUACAGUUGAGCUGUUGAUUCAGAACCAUUCUCUGAGCUUGGUGGUGGAUAAUGGCGCCCCGAAGAGCCUGGGCAAGCUCGCGCGCCAGCCUUCCGUUGACCACAACACUCAGCUUUACAUAGGAGGGGUUCCGUCCCAUGUGGUGGCCCCAGGCUUGCGUCCUGGUCCUGAGCGCCCUCCGCAGGCCUUUAACGGCUGCUUUCACAACUUUCGAAUCAACGGGGAAAUUCAGGACCUGAAGUUUGGAUCCACGGGAGAAAAGCAGCCACAGUCACAAGUGGUUGAAGGCAGGGGCGAUGGCAUUCUUGUGGGGUGUCACUCCUGCAGCGUGUGCGCACAGGGCGCCUGCAGAGAAGGAGGCGAGACGGGGGUCACUUGUCAGUGCCCUCCAGGACAGAGCGGGGUUCUGUGUGACGAGACAACAGCUCCUGAUCCCUGUCAGAGCAGCAGAUGCCUCCAUGGUUUAUGCGUGCCGAAGGGUCAGUCUUACAGUUGCCAGUGCAAUGAGGGCUACCAGGGUCAGUUCUGCGAUCAGCAGGAGGAGCCUGCAGCCUGCAGGGGGCAGCACUGCGGACAAGGGGAGUGUGGCGUGUCAGAGCUGGGAAAGCCAGUCUGCCACUGUCAUCCGGGCUUCACAGGACCGACCUGUGAGACAGAGCUCACGUGUCCGGGGAAAAUGGUGCGGGAGCAGCUGAAGCGGCACCAAGCCAUGAGAACCUGCACGACCGUCAGCAAGAUCCCGCGCAUGGAGUGUCCCCGGUAUUGCCAGGCGCCCCCCGGCGUCUGCUGCGGCGUCACCAAGACCAGGCGGAGGAAGGUGGUGUUCCGCUGCACCGACGGCGCCUCAUACUCGGAGGAGAUGGAGACCCCCCUGGAAUGCGGCUGCUCCAAAUGCCCGUUGUAACGGCACCGCGUCCUUCCGGGUCGUUCUGCAACACACACCGCUGCCUUUAAGUGAGUUCUUCCAGGCUAUCGGAGAAUUCUCCACGCUGAUGAGCACCAGCACCACGCCGUCAAUCAUCCUGUUCAACCACCGCCACUUUGUUGUCAAGAGAAGAACGGAGCUGGGACAUUUUUGUGUGAUUUUUGACAGAGAGAAAAUAUAUUGUAAGAUAUAAGUGAGAAACAUAGAACUUAUUUUUAUUAUGGAUUUUUUUCUAAAUGGACUGAUAACUUGUUUUUAAUAAAGCUGAUUAUACAAUGUGUUACAUAGUAGAAAACUGUAUUUUCUAUUUUGUAAGAAGGAAAAAGUACACGCCGCAUUAACAUUCCUUAAAUGCAUACAAAUAUGUAAGUGUAAAUGUAUAGGUCAUGUACCCUAACCAAAUGCGUUUUAUAUCUCGUGUUUUCAUGAUGUAAAUGUGAGUGCUGAAGCUGCGAAUCAGAGCUGGUUCUGCUCUGAAGGACAGGUGCGUCCUGCUCACCUGCUUCACUCUGUAACGGACGCCAUUCUCACACGCCGGUUCACACAUUGGACUCUUUCCUCGGACAAACACCUUCUGUUUUGUGUAGACUUGGAGCCUCAUGAAGUGUAAAAUUAAAAAAUCUGGCUUCCCAUUUGCAUCCAAAAUGAUAAAAAUCAAAUUUUAAAUCCCUGAGUUGGAACUUCUCAAAUUGAAAAAUCUAAAUGUGAACAUAAAGAGUGUUUUUAUGUGAUCUGAACACACAGCACACUCACAAAAAUGUUGAGUUUACUUUCACCGUUGUUGCCUAGAAGCACCAGGACAUCAUGAAGUACUUUGUUUGUCAUGUUUGUGGUCAUGUUGUCAAGUUUGAACUCGAUUGUGUGUGUUUUUUCUAAAGCAGAAGUUGGCAUUGCUAUGCAAGUGAGGUCAUCCUCCUGGACGAUACAAUCAAAAUCCCACCCCAAAGGAAAUCCCACCUUCCCGCUUUCCUCAUCUCACCAGAUUGUGUUUGUAGGUUUGACGAAACAUCAAAAAUCAGAGAUGCCUCAAUCACGCCACAGUGCCUUCACUGUGAAACAGUAGCAACUGUAUCGUAGUCUAAUGUGAAGCUGCAAAAUGGACAAGCAACAAUUUUUUAAUUUUUUUAUUUUACGUUUUCUCCUGCAUCCAGUUUCCACACACAGAUAUUUCUGAUGUUCAGGUCCUUUCACAAAUACACAGCUGCACUCUGAAAGGUAAAUAAUGGAGACCUGUGUGUGCAGGUCUUAUUUUAAAACUCUUAAAAGGCAUUUUUUAAAAACGUUGAUUUAUAUUUUAGCUUUCAGUACAGACUUUCAGUUGGAAGUUCUUCCAGCUUUUGACCAAAGGAUCAGAGUUCUCCAGCCUGUUUCAUUUUUCACCACAACAAACCAGCUUUCAUUGAUUCACACAUUCAGUUUUUGCAGACAUUUUUAUGCCAGACGCCCUUCUCUGGGCUGGGGACCGGCACAGGGAGACCCUGACCUGCAUGGACCCAUUGUGGAUUCAUAGUUAGGCAUCAGAGCCUCCUUUAUGACUCAUUCAUGGUCAGACCAAACUAAAAUGACAACAGAAGGUACAUAAACAGUUAACUAAUACAAUACAACAUAUAGCAGACAAAUACGAUGUAACUACUACUGUACUGUUAAGUAUUAUUACUUUGUUUACAACUCAUGCAAAGUACUGGCACACAGUAAUCUGCAGCUUUGCUCUUUGAGAAACAUAUCAGUGUUCUGCUUUCAGUCAUUCUGCUUCUUCAUUUUCUUUUUUUUACAAAUGUUUUGAUCACUGACCCCUCACCAAAACCAUCAUCGGUCGGCUCUGUUCUUCAUCCGAUUGUUUCCUCGUUGCAUUCAUGUCUGCUUGUCCUGGUUUUUCUUUAUGAACAGAGUAAAACACCUCAGUUACUAGUCAUGAUAAUACAAAUAACUGUAGUCAGUGACUUGUGUUGUAUAGGUCUUAAAUUGGAGCUCAUGCUAUGUGAUUCUUAACUGAUGCUUGUGUUGAAUGUUGAAAUUAAACUACCAACCAAACUACACUAAA